AUGGCACUUUUAUACCAAGCUCAUGAGGAGAAACAUCACCUUCCAGGUAUGUUCGGUAGCUACGACAUGGCACUUUUAUACCAAGCUCAUGAGGAGAAGCAUUACCGAUACCCGACUGUUAUGCUCGAAGCGGUUGCUUCUCAAGACUUAUGGUUUUGGCAUGCUUUUGCCGGUCCACCGGGUUCUCAAAACGAUAUUAAUGUGCUACAACAAUCUCCUUUAUUUUUAACGAAACGAAAUGGAACCGCGCUAAAAUGUCCAUUUUUUGUUAACAACCAUUUAUACAAACGUGGUUAUUUGCUCGUGGAUGGAAUCUACCCGUCGUGGUCCGUGUUUGUGAAGUCGAUCCCUUACCCUCACGAAGUAGACGAAAAGAAAUUCAAGAGGCAACAUGAGGCGGCAAGAAAAGACGUCGAACGGGCUUUUGGUGUUUUGAAGGCGAAAUGGGUUGUAUUGAGUCGACCGAUGCGAGCAAGAUCCGUUAAAAAAAUUAGGAGUGUGGUGUACACGUGUAUUAUUUUACACAACAUGAUUUUGAAAGAUGAAGGAAAGGCGAUAGCACCGGUGCACAUUCGGGAUCCUCCGGUCGAGCCCGCUAUAGACGAUACGGUGUUGGGCGAGUUGAUGGAUGAAGACACGCAUUGGAGACUAAAACACGAUCUCAUAGAUCAUCUCGCAAGUCAAGAUUUACCCCACCUUUUGGUCGAUUCCGACGAAGACUAG